AUGAUAUCUAAUACAAGUUCCAGUUAUUAUUUUUCAGCAUUGAAUCUUAUAUGUUCAUGUUUUACUUUUAUAACUUCCGUAACAAUUGCAUUACAAUAUUCAAUAAAUCAUAAUAUUAAUAUGGAAUUAUGUCGUAUAAUAGGUUAUUUAAUAUAUAGUUUUUGUCAUGGUAUUAUGUAUUCAUAUUUACUUGUUAGUAUAAAUCGUUUUUUGAAUGCAUUUUAUCGUUUAAAAAAAUAUUAUUUAUCAAUAAAAUUUAUAAUACUUGAAAUAAUUUUACAAUGGCUUUUAGCAUUUCUUAUACCAUCAAUAUCAUUAUUUUUAAAUCAAAUUGAAUUUCAAGUAAAACCACGUUUUUGUUCAGCACGUAAACCAUUUUAUAUGACAUUAGGAGUAUUUACUGGAUUUUUUUUACCUGUUAUAUUUAUAACAAUAUUUAAUUUGAUAAUUUAUUUUCAUAUAAAUAAAUUACGUACAGAUUUUCAUUUAUCAUUUCGACGAAAACAAAAAUGUAGAUUAAAUAAAUUUUAUCAAAUAUCUCAUUAUUUAUAUAGUCGUCAAAAUAAAAAAAAUGUUACAUUAUUACAUCAAUUUGCAGCAUUUUCAUGUGUAUUUGUUAUUGGUUGGGGUUUUUUUGCAUUUAUUUCGAUUUUUGAUCUUAAUGAUAUUGUUCCUGAAAGUAUUUAUUUAAUUACUUUAUCAUUUCCAGCUGUAUCAUUACUCAUUAUUACUUUAAUGAUUAUUAAUUGGAAUAAACCAAUUAAAAAAUCAAUAUUUACUUUAUUUAAUGUAACAUCAAGACGAAAACAUCCAACAUCUGCAACUACUGUACAACUUUCUGCUCCUCUUGGCUUCAAUUGUAACUAA